CCCCACAGGGCUGCUGUAGUCAGGCAGUCGCUUGUAGCAAACCACAGUAACAGAUAGCCCCUACACGAACAGGUGAAAGUAGUCUUUAGCAACUUUUACUUGACCUUACUAUCUCUUCAAAACGAUUCACAGCGUGUAUUAAAAACAAAGGACCAACUUUAGUUUUACGACAUGGCAAUGAUCACCGUCCCCACCACCGCCUCCCGGUUCGCCCUGCUCCAGAUAGACUCGGAUUCGGACUCCGACGCCUCCGACGGGGGGAAGACCACCAACAAAUCCGGACGGGACUCCUCCGGAAAGCCCCGACAAGGAAAGGCUGGAGCCGGGGGGAAAGGGGCUCAGUGCAACGACAAGAAGAAAGACAAGAAAAAGAAGAAGAAGGAACAGCAGCAGUCUGAGGCAAAUGAGCUACGUAAUCUGGCCUUCAAGAAGCUUCCUCAGAAGUCUUCUGCCCCUCCUCCCUCGAUGACUCUGUCAGGGAUAGCCGGUGAGCUCCUCAGUCCUGCAUCAGGGGACAAAGUGGCCCCUCCAGAGGGGUGGCAGCAGUGGAAGCAGAAGGAUGAACAGAUAACCAGUGAGCUCUAUGAGGCUGACUUGGAAAAAGCCUUGAUUUUGCCUGUUCAGCCUCUGAGCCACAGUUGA